AUGGCGGCGGCAACCAUGUGGCGCUCUACAGUCAUGCUGACCUGGCUUUUGGCGGCAGAGACAGUGCAUUCCCUUCCUAGGUCGGUCGAGCCGACGAGGACCUUUGAGUUCAGGACCCAAUAUCCUCCCACGACGCAGGAGGCUAGAUUGCUUGCACCCGAGACACACGGAUUCUAUCCAACGAGUUUGGAACGCGAGGGUCGCUCGGCAGAGCAGCCCUUUCCUACUGACUUGGGAUUGGGCCAUCUAUUGGACCCGUUGCUGCAUCUUCAAGACAGUUCCAACUCCGGUGGUCUGCUGGGUUUGUUAUUAUCGGGCCUACGGCCGCAACCUCCUGACGUUCCCACUGAUCCUCCGACUACGGAUCCCCCAGUUGUAGUCUCAUCUUCACCGUCAGAGCCUUCAACCUCAGACGAGACAUUGCCACCAAUUACUAGCCCGGCUGUGGUGCCAACUGCCAGCUCAAGUUCGACUACGACCAACGAAGAAGCCUCAGACGUGACUGUCAAUCAAAGUACCGGCUCGGCUAGGCCAAAUUAUCCAUCUCAAGACGGUAACUUGUCUAGCUCCCCGGAACCAGCCAGUGAAACUUCACCUUCUUCCGAAAGCCAGGCGACAAGUUCCGCAACGUCAAGCCACCCAGUCCAGCAGACUCAGUCGUCCAGUGAGCCAUCCAGUCAGCCAGUAUCAGCUACCGCUACCCCCAUGGCAGGCGGUCAAGAUGUCUUUGUACCGGUGUCGACUGGUCCAAUUCCCGACACGAUUCCCUCGAGGGACGAUCAUCCCGUACCUAAGAUUGGAAUCGCCGACACGGACGCUCCUAUUGAAACGAACAAGUUUUAUAGUGGGCUCUUCCUAGGAACACAAACCAACAACACUUUUACGCACCCCUAUAGCCUUGCUUGGGUGAAGGGAAACGGCACGUCGCAAAGCUAUGGCAUGGCUAUCUCCCACGUCGAGAGUAACGUAGUCGCGCAGGGCCCGGUCAAUUCAGCCAUUCCCGGUAGCCCUAUAUCAUAUUAUGUCAAUCCGAUCGGCAUCCAUUCCGUUAUUCUGUCAGCAAGUGAGCUGGCGGCAUCUACUGUACUCACCACCGAGAAUCCGCUUCCCUUCUCGGCCCACGCGGUGCUGCAACCUUCCGCUGGAUCAUCCCAGAGCAUCACCUUUCCUGUAGUGCAGGGCAUGGGAUUUGUGACUGGCGUCUACAGCGACUUACAGCCUAAAGUCCAGAGCGGUGUCUUCUUCAACAAAAUGGUAACUGCUGGAUCGCCACGUGCCGGUAUAUUCAAAUAUAGCCUAUCCCUUGAGGAUGGAACAUCAUGGCUUCUCUACGCAACUCCUGACGAUGGGACUGAUCCACAGCUACGCUUGGUGUCAAACAACGAAAUUAUUGGGCCCGCCGGCUGGUCCGGCACGAUCCAGGUGGCCAAGAACCCGGCCGGCGCAUCUGGAGAGAAGUUCUACGAUAACUCUUCAGGUGUUUAUGCUGUCGAGGGAGCAGUCAUGGGCUCAGUGUCAGAGACCGCUGGAACAUACAACCUGCUGUGGGCCAAGGCAGGAAAGGAUGCGCAAAACACCCCGUUACUGAUGUUUGCUCUCCCGCAUCACAUGGAAUCGUUUGACGCCAGUACACAGAGCCGAGCAACGAAUAUCACGCUUAGAACCACCACCAAAGGCCAGGCGACAGCGGUCAUUGGGGAAUACUGGACAAUGGUUGAGCCUGACCUCCCCGUUUCCAUGGGUUUUGCCCCAUGGUCGGUUUCGGGGGGCAGCAUUGACAACAUAACGCCUGCGGCCCAGCAAGUCAUCCUGAGUGUAGCUCCCACAGAACUUCAACAAGAUAUGGAUGCCCAGACCAAUCUCAAUAGCAUGUAUUUCAGCGGCAAGGCUCUGAGCAAGUUCGCUACCCUUGUAUACACAGUCGACCAACUGGGGGGCAACCGCACUCUUGCAGCUGAGGGCCUUGAGCGGUUGAAGAAGUCCUUUGCUCGUUUUAUCGACAACCAGCAACAAUUUCCCCUUGUGUACGACAAUGUCUGGAAAGGAGUGGUAUCCUCUGCCAGCUAUGGCUCUGGUGACUUGGGCGCUGAUUUUGGGAAUACGCUGUACAACGACCAUCAUUUCCACUACGGAUACUUCAUCCAUGCUGCUGCAAUUAUAGGAUCGAUGGAUCCGCAGUGGCUUCAAACCAGCAAAGAUUGGAUCAAUAUGCUUGUCCGUGAUGCUGGAAACUCGGCCGGAAAUGAUCCGCUCUUUCCGUUCUCGCGCGGGUUCGACUGGUUCCACGGCCAUUCUUGGGCAAAGGGUCUUUUCGAGUCCUUUGACGGGAAAGACGAAGAGUCGACGUCAGAAGAUGCGAUGUUUGCUUACGCUCUGAAGAUGUGGGGAAAGACUAUUGGGGAUGCUAGUAUGGAGGCGCGAGGCAACUUGAUGCUGGGCAUUCUGCGCCGAAGCCUCCGGAAUUACUUUUUAAUGGAUAGCAACAACAAGAACCAGCCGGCAAACUUCAUUGGCAACAAGGUUACGGGCAUAUUGUUCGAAAACAAGGUGGACCAUACUACUUACUUUGGCAGCAACCUGGAGUAUGUUCAGGGGAUCCAUAUGCUGCCCCUACUCCCCUCUUCUGCGUUUGUUCGCAGCGGGGAGUUUGUGAAGGAGGAAUGGGAUGCCCUGUUUGCAAGCAACGGCCCAUCGCCAGCCGAGAACGUGGUAGGUGGGUGGAAAGGAGUGCUGUACGCCAAUCUCGCACUGGUGGACCCGGUCGCUUCGUGGGACUUUUUCACUCAGCCCAACUUCGACUACAGCUGGAUUGACGGAGGAGCGACCCGGACGUGGUACCUUGCCUUUGCAGCAGGACUCGGUGGUGUGCCAUCCUGA